ACAUUAGAAGGCUUUUGCAGAGUGCACGAAGGUUUUGCUCAUUGGAAGCUAUGCAAUGAUUACUGUUUCAUACAAGCCAAGAAUCCAGAUAUAGGCAAAUUAGGAAAACGAAAGGAAAGAAAGAGAAAAGGGUUUUUGUGGGGCUUUUGAGUUUUGAAUUUUAUGAAAGCUUGAAAUAGGGAAUUGCAGAGGAAAUUACACAGCCAUUGAAGAAAGUUUCAGAGGAAAGAGAGGAAGUGCAGUGGGUAAAGAAAGGGAAAGGUAAAUGAUUCAGGUCUUUUCCAACACAACCCAGUAAUGAUUUUUGAAGAAACCCAGCUAGCUCUUAUUAUCAUCGCUUCAAUUUUGCUGAUCACUUCAACUAGAGCUCAUAGUCAUGACUUAUCGAUCCAGUGCCGGAAAUCUUGUGGAACCGGUGAUUCAAUCAGGUGGGUUCCUUACCCAUUUGGCUUCUCGGAUGGGUGCAGCAUCCGGCUGAACUGCAGCCACCAGACGGGAGACAUUAGAAUCGGAGAUUUCCAAGUCCAAAACAUAACCCCAAAUGGUGUACUUGUAUCUCUUCCAGCAGAAUGCAACCGCUCUUUUGAAUUGAUUAAACCGCUGUUUGGCCACUACUAUGCACCAGCUUGGAGAAACGGGCUGCUCCUGCAAAAUUGCAGCAGGUCUCUAAACAGUUGCCUGAUACCCACGAGUGCAUUCUCGAACCAGUUGCAGUUAAAGAGCUGCGACGCCAAAAGCGACAAUUUAAGCUGCUAUUCUCGGCAGAAAUCGGGAAUAGAUAUCUUGCGUUACGAGAAUUUAAGUUCGAUGGAUUGUAAAUUCAUAUUCUCUUCGUUUGCUGUUGGAUCGAAUGUCCCAAUACUCUCGCUCGAGUUCGAACGAAUUGAGUUGGACUGGUGGCUUCAAGGGAAUUGCACAGCUGACUCUUGCUCAGAAAAUAGUAACUGCACGGAAGUCACGCUUGGUGAUGGGAAGAUUGGCUACCGAUGCCAGUGUAAUAAAGGGUUCGCCGGAGAUGGGUUCAAAGUCAAUUCCCGUGAAGGUGCCAAAGGAUGCCGGAGAGUUUCUGGUUGCAAUGCUUCAAAGUACAUUAAUGGGGACUGUGGAGGAACUACUAGAGUUGGUGUUCUUGUUGGAGGGGUUAUUGCUGGAGCUUUAUUGAUGGCUGGUCUGGCCCUCAUCUGUUACUUUGUAAGACAGAGGUCCACUUCCAUGAGAAACAGGUUGAGUGCAAAGCGACUUCUAUGUGAAGCUGCAGGCAAUUCUAGUGUUCCGUUUUAUGCAUAUAAAGAAAUUGAAAGAGCCACUAAUGGCUUCUCAGAGAAACAAAGGCUGGGAACUGGAGCCUAUGGCACAGUUUAUGCAGGAAAAUUCCACAACGAUGAUUGGGUUGCCAUAAAAAAGAUCCGACAUAGAGAUACUGAUAGCAUUGAUCAAGUCAUGAAUGAAAUUAAGCUCCUCUCCUCUGUAAGUCAUCCAAAUUUGGUCCGCCUCUUAGGUUGCUGCAUAGAGGAGGGUGAACCGAUCCUUGUCUAUGAAUUUAUGCCUAAUGGAACCUUGUGUCAGCAUUUACAAAGAGAGAGGGGCAUAGGACUUCCAUGGACGAUAAGGCUCACCAUUGCUGCUGAAACUGCUAAUGCUAUUGCUUAUCUCCAUUCUGCCAUGAAUCCACCAAUUUAUCAUAGAGACAUAAAAUCUAGCAACAUACUCUUGGAUUACAAUUAUAAGUCUAAAAUUGCUGACUUUGGCCUUUCUAGACUUGGAAUGACAGAGUUAUCGCACAUCUCGACAGCCCCACAAGGGACUCCAGGCUAUCUUGAUCCUCAAUACCAUCAAUAUUUUCACCUUUCUGAUAAAAGUGAUGUUUACAGUUUUGGAGUAGUUCUUGUGGAGAUCAUAACCGGACUGAAAGUAGUUGAUUUUUCUCGACCUCACAGUGAGGUAAACUUGGCUGCACUGGCUAUCGAUAGGAUUGGAAGAGGUUGUGUUGAUGAGAUAAUAGAUCCAUACCUUGAUCCAAACAAGGAUGCUUGGACAUUGUCAUCAAUCCAUAAUGUGGCAGAGCUUGCAUUUAGAUGCCUUGCUUUUCAUAGGGAUAUGAGGCCAACUAUGAUGGAAGUAGCAGAAGAGCUCGAGAAUAUCAGGCUUAGCGCAUGGGUUCCAAACAUGUACUUAGCGUCACCGGCAGCUUCCACUUGUUCGUCAAUGGACAAUGGAAGUGAGAAGUCACUAAGUGUUUCCUCGGUUAAGAAGGCAGGUGUGGCAAGCCGGAGAUUACUUGUUCAACAAAGGGCAGUCGAUUGUUUGACUUCAUUGGAGGAAGUGAAGGAUAGCUCCCCUGUUUCUGUGCAAGAUCCUUGGUUAAGCGAACAGAGUUCGCCUUCAACAAACAGCUUGUUAGGUAAUGCAGUCCAGUGAUAAAUGCUGGUUCAUUCAGUUCUUUCGUGUGAAUACAGUUGAGGUAUCUUACAGUUCAAAACUUCUUACUAAUGGUUUUCUUACAGACAUUUCUUGUACUUAUGACCUUUAGUCUUCGUCUAAAUUAUUUUUAUGACAAUGUUGGAAAAGAAAAGAUGUAGAAGUCAUCACUGCAUAGAUUCUGCAAGUAUUUAGCAAGAAUGUGAGAUUAAAAUUUGUAUGCGCAUGAAUGUGAAUUCUGAUGCGUGGGCUUUGUUCUCUAUUGUGGAUAGAUAAGUUGUAAGAUGGGAGAUACUUAAAGUGGAAGCAAAAUUCUUAUAAAAAUAACUUUAUAGUUGAAUGGUUCUGAU